AUCAAACCUUAUAAAGUCUAGAUCGAAAAAUAAAUUCCUAAAUUAUUACACCCUAAACCAUUGUCUCCUCCGACUCUGCAAACGGUGGAGUUUCGCAACCCAAAACCCUAACGCCGCCCAAAACACCGUCGUUUCAACACGCAAAUGGAAGAAUCAACUUCCGAUAACAACGACCGUAAAAAAAUCCGCAACAUAUGCAUCUUGGCACAUGUCGACCACGGCAAGACAACGCUCGCGGACCAGCUUAUCGCGGCGGCGAGUGGCGGCAUGGUUCAUCCAAAGGUAGCCGGUAAAGUCCGUUUCAUGGAUUACCUCGAUGAAGAACAACGUCGAGCUAUAACAAUGAAGAGUUCUUCAAUUUCGCUUCACUACAAUCACCAUACUGUUAAUCUCAUAGAUUCCCCUGGUCAUAUCGAUUUCUGCGGAGAAGUUUCCACCGCCGCGCGUCUUUCUGAUGGUGCGCUUCUUCUUGUUGAUGCUGUUGAAGGUGUUCAUAUUCAAACUCAUGCUGUUCUUCGUCAAUGCUGGACUGAAAUGCUUGAACCGUGUCUUGUGUUGAAUAAGAUGGAUAGGUUGAUCACUGAAUUGAAUCUCACUCCUUUGGAAGCUUAUACACGUCUUUUGAGAAUUGUUCAUGAGGUUAAUGGGAUUUGGAGUGCUUAUAAUUCGGAGAAAUAUUUAUCUGAUGUGGAUGCUCUUCUUGCCGGUGGGACUGCUGCUGGAGGUGAAGUUAUGGAGGAUUAUGACGAUGUUGAAGACAAGUUUCAGCCUCAGAAAGGGAAUGUCGUGUUUGCUUGUGCUUUGGAUGGUUGGGGUUUUGGGAUUCAUGAAUUUGCUGAGAUUUAUGCUUCAAAGCUUGGUGGUAGUGCUAGUGUGGGUGCAUUGCUGAGGGCUUUGUGGGGUCCAUGGUAUUAUAAUCCGAAGACGAAGAUGAUUGUUGGAAAGAAAGGGAUUAGUGGUAGUAAGGCUAGGCCUAUGUUUGUUCAGUUUGUGUUGGAGCCUUUGUGGCAGGUUUAUCAAGGAGCACUUGGUGGGGGUAAAGGGAUGGUUGAGAAGGUUAUUAAGUCUUUUAAUUUGCAGAUUCAGGCGCGUGAGUUGCAGAAUAAGGAUUCUAAGGUUGUGCUUCAAGCUGUCAUGAGUCGUUGGCUUCCUCUUUCAGAUGCCAUUUUGUCUAUGGUAUUGAAGUGUCUUCCGGAUCCUGUGGAAGGGCAGAAGUCUCGGAUAUCACGGCUGAUUCCGGAGCGCAAGGUUGGUUCUGAGAAUGGGGUUGAUAGGAGGGUGGUGGAAGAGUCUGAGCUCGUGAGGAAGUCGGUGGUGGAGUGUGAUUGUAGGGAUGAGGCGCCUUGUGUUGCCUUUGUGGCAAAAAUGUUUGCUCUUCCUGUUAAAAUGCUUCCUCCUCUUCAACCGGGGGAGGGGAGUUUUGGCGAGGAAGGUGAGGGUGAAUUUGAUGAGUGUUUUUUGGCAUUUGCUAGAAUAUUUAGUGGUGUUUUGUCUGUUGGGCAGAGAGUUUUUGUGAUUUCGGCUUUGUAUGAUCCUUUGAAAGGGGAAUCAAUGCAAAAGCACAUUCAAGAGGCUGAAUUGAAAUCCAUGUAUCUGAUGAUGGGUCAAGGGUUGAAAGUAGUGAAAUCUGCAAAAGCAGGAGAUGUUGUUGCGAUCCGAGGACUUGGGCAGUAUAUUUUGAAAAGUGCUACACUUUCUUCUACUAGGAAUUGUUGGCCAUUUUCGAGUAUGGCGUUUCAAGUUGCCCCAAUUUUGAGGGUUGCUAUUGAGCCAUCUGACCCUGCAGAUAUGGGUGCACUGCUCAAAGGCUUGAGGCUUUUGAAUCGAGCGGAUCCGUUUGUUGAGGUUACGGUUUCUGCUAGAGGAGAACAUGUUCUUGCCGCAGCUGGUGAAGUUCAUCUCGAGAGAUGCAUAAAGGAUUUGAAGGAUAGGUUUGCAAAAGUAAGCUUGGAAGUCUCUCCACCCCUUGUAUCCUACAAAGAGACCAUUGAGGGAGAGGUAUCCAACAUGCUGCAAAAUUUGAAAGUUCUUAGCAAGAACUUAGAUUAUGUUGAGAAAACGACGCCCAAUGGAAGAUGCGUUGUACGCGUGCAGGUGAUGAAACUUCUACCUUCUCUCACAAAGGUGCUUGAUGAAAGCGCCAAUUUACUUGGAGAUAUCAUUGGAAUUAAGUCGGAGCAUACAGUUAAAAGUAUGGAAAUGCAGAGAACAAAUAUUCUCGAAAAGGAGAAUCCAGCUGAAGUGAUUAAAAAACGUAUAAUGGAUGCAAUUGAGAGUGACAUUUUGUGUAGGAUUGAGAAUGAUGAAGACCAUGCUGAGAAAUGUAGAUUGAAGUGGUUAAAGCUUUUGAGAAGGAUAUGGGCUCUUGGACCGAGUUACAUCGGCCCUAACGUUCUUUUCACUCCUGAUAUUAAAGCAGAAAGUACCGAUAGCUCUGUUCUAAUACGUGGUUCUUCUCAACUAUCUGAAAAGUUGGGUUUUGUUGCUGAUUCUGGUAACAGUAACUCGGUUUCGGAGGCAUCUUCAAAUGAGAGCCAAGUGUUGUAUAUGGAUGCCGAGCGUCUUGAGAGUAAUGUUAUAACCGGGUUCCAACUAGCAACUUCAGCUGGGCCUUUAUGCGAUGAACCUAUGUGGGGUUUGGCAUUUGUCAUCGAGGCACGUAUAUCUCCAUCUACAGGGCAUCAUGAUGAAUCCGAAACACACCAACAAUCCGAUCAGUAUGGCAUCUUUGCAGGGCAGGUUAUUGCAACCGUCAAAGAUGCUUGUAGGGAAGCUGUGCUAAAGAAUAAGCCAAGACUUGUGGAAGCAAUGUACUUUUGUGAGUUGAAUACCACUACUGAAUAUUUGGGUCCCAUGUAUGGUGUACUUUCCCGAAGACGGGCUCGAAUUUUGAAAGAAGAGAUGCAGGAAGGUUCCCCUUUAUUCACUGUGCAUGCAUAUGUUCCUGUUUCUGAGAGUUUUGGUUUUACUGAUGAGCUUAGAAGUCGGACUUCUGGUGCCGCAAGUGCACUUCUUGCCCUUAGCCAUUGGGAAGCACUACAUGAGGAUCCUUUCUUUGUACCUAAAACAGAAGAGGAAAUCGAAGAGUUUGGAGAUGGUUCCAGCGUUCUUCCAAAUACAGCAAGAAAAUUGAUUGACGCAGUCAGACGGCGGAAGGGCCUUCCUGUGGAGGAAAAGGUAGUACAACAUGGAACAAAGCAGAGGACACUCGCUCGUAAAGUUUGAUAUUUUUCAUUACUGAUAUGUCCUUUGCUGUGUAGCGAACAUGUAGUUGUUGAAUGUAACUUAUAUACCUCAUACACAGUAUCAUUAGGAACAAUUUUUUCAGUGAGUUUGUUUUUACAUAUUAUCAAUGAAAUUUUGACACAUACAAUCAAGUUUGUGAUGAUUA